AUGCUUCACCCGGCACUCAAAGCGACUCGGCCGCUCCUCCGCCCAGCCGCAGCGCUCAGGCCGACGGUCCCGCUGCUCAGACCCGCGAAGCCGCUCCUCGGCGUGGACGAGUGCGACAGGCUGCUGACCUACCCCGGCUCUCCGUUCGAGACUGAGCGGGUCAACGUCAACGGCCGUGACCUGCGAGUAUGGAAGAAUUGGGGGCAGAAGCAGCUUCUGAGCACACCAAUCGCGGCGCCAGAACCGUUCGAGGCGCGCGAGGCCGUGACGUUUGCGGAUGCGUAUGAGAAGGCCGUCAAUCUUGCCGCCGUGCUUACCGAGCAUGGGAUUGGGGCUGGGACACGCGUGGCCGUGGGCGGAGUAAACAGCACGGGUUGGGUCGUCUCAUUCCUCGCUGUCUGUCUCGCUGGCGGUGUGCCCGUGCUGCUAAACAAUGGGCUGCACGUCGAUGCGCAGAGGCACUGCCUCCAACUCACGAAACCGCAUCUCACCCUCGUCGAUGACAAGCUCGCUGCCCAGCUUGCCGGCAAGUGGGAGACGUGGUGCUGGUCGCCCAUUGAUCAUCUCCAGGACCGCACAGGUAUCACUGCGCUUCACAUCAUUCACUCGGCACCAUACCAGACAGCACGACACAAGCUGCGCGAGGGAGUUGACCCCGUUGUGGCUGCCGAGAAAGCUAUCGCGCCGAGAGACGGGAGUGCACUCCUGUCCAUCCCUCUGUUCCAUGUUCAGGGCUGCCUGUCGUGGCUCAUUCUCGCGCUGCACAAUGGUAGCAAGCUCGUGUUCAUGCGUCACUGGUCUGUGCCCAUGGCCGUCAAGCUCAUGGUCGAGGAGAGCGUUGGCAAGAUUGGUGGCGUGCCCGCUGUCGCAACGGCUAUUCUGCAGUCACCCCUCGUACCGAAGGACUACCAGCUCGAGACGGUCGCAUACGGCGGCGCGACCCCGCCGACUGACCUGGCAAAGAACCUUGUUGAGCGGUGGCCGAAGCUCAUCCCUGCCACGGGAUGGGGCAUGACGGAGACGAGCGGUUUCCACACGGGUUUCCUGGGACAGGAGUACCUCGACAAGCCGCAUGGUGCGGGACAGGUGCUGCCCGUGACGGAGCUGAAGGUGGUGGACGCUGCAGGGAACGAGGUGCCCCCAGGGGAGACGGGGACACUGCUGUGCCGCGGCCAGACGCUGAUGAAGGAAUAUGUCGGCAACGCGAAGGCGACGUCCGAGUCUUUCCGUGAGGGUGGGUGGUUUGACACGGGCGACAUUGCCUUCAUCGAUGAGUUUGGCGACCUGCACCUCGUUGACCGUGCCAAGGAGAUCAUUGUCCGCGGCGGCGAGAACAUUGCCAGUGCCGAGGUUGAGCGCGCUCUUCUCUCUGACCCGAGGGUCGCGGAGGCGUGCGCCGUUCCCGUGCCAUGCGAAGUGAUGAGCGAGCGCGUCGGAGUAGCCGUCACACUCGCGCCUGGCGCCGAGGCGACACCUCGUGAGAUCGCCGAGACGGCCUGGCCCAAGCUCCGUUAUUGCGCGCGACCAGAUAUCGCUGUCAUUGUGGACAAGAUGCCAUGGACGCCGAGCCAGAAGGUUGUGCGCGGAGACGUGAAGAAGCUCGUGCAAGAGGAGUGGGAGCGCAUCGGCCGGAAACCCCUCGUCGACUCGCGCGACGCGAGGGCCAGGAUGUGA